GCCGAUCGAAGAGGUGGAAAUUAAACUAUGUAUGUUGUUUUCCUCCACUUCUUUCUUGUCCAUUUGUUGUUUUGUUGGAUCUCCUCUGAGUCCUGCGUCGCGGAAAGGGAUAUCUGACGGUGAAAACAAUUAAGAAGCAAGAAAACAAUGGUCAAGAAGAAGGAUAUAAUAAGGUUGGAGCGGGAAUCAGUGAUUCCUAUCGUUAAGCAAAAAAUCAUCACCACCUUAGCUGAGCUUCUUGAACAUAAAUCUGACCGUUCUGAGUUUUUAAAGCUCUGCCAAAGAAUUGAAUACACAAUUCGGGCUUGGUAUGUUUUGCAAUUUGAAGAUCUAAUCCAAUUGUAUUCCCUCUUUGACCCCAUCCAUGGAGCUCAGAAAUUGGAGCAGCAGAACCUAUCUCCCGAAGAGAUAGAUACUCUUGAACAUAAUUUUCUCACAUACUUAUUUCAGGUGAUGGAUAAGAGCAAUUUCAAGAUAACAACCGAUGAUGAGAUUGAUAUUGCACUCUCCGCACAAUAUCGUCUAAGUCUUCCAAUUGUAGUUGAUGAAUCUAAGGUCGACAAAAGGCUUUUUGAAAGGUAUUUUGAAAAGCAUUCUCGAGACAACCUUCCUCACUUUGCUGAUAAGUACAUGAUCUUCCGUCGAGGCUUCGGAAUUGAUCAUAUGACCGCUUUCUUUGUUAACGCAAAAAUAAACACAAUCAUUGCACGUCCAGAAAAGAAAAAUCCUGGUUUAACUCCAAUGGACUGGGUGAAGUUCCUUGUUUCUGCUGCAAUUGGACUGGUUACUGUAAUUAGUUCACUCAGCAUCCCUAAAGCUAACAUCAAGGUUAUUUUUGGCAUCCUCACUGCAGUGGUUGGUUACUGUGUUAAAACAUAUUUCUCGUUUCAGAAAAUUUUAAUUAAUUACCAGAACUUAAUCACGCAAUCUGUAUAUAACAAACAAUUGGACAGCGGAAGAGGCACUCUUCUUCACCUCUGUGAUGAGGUGAUUCAACAGGAAGAAAAUCUUGACCUGCUGUGUGAAGAAUUAAUUAAAAAAAAAUUCGGUGAGAACUGCAAUUUUGACGUAGAUGAUGCAGUGCAAAAGCUGGACAAGUUAGGACUUGUUUCUCAGGAUAACAUUGGAGCAUACACAUGCAUAAAUUUGAAGGAUGCUAACAAGAUCAUUGGCAUCACAACAGAGGAGCUCGUCCUUAAAGCUAGAGACGGUGGUGGCUUACCACCCUAAUGUGACAUAGUAUUUGCUUUCUUAAGCUGAGAUGAAAUAAAUUGAAUCUCUAGUUUGCGUAACAAAUUUUGACGCACAUCAAACAAUUAGUUACUUGUUUCUAUUAAUUACAUUUUAAAGUUAAAUGUUACUCCCAGCAAAUACUAGCAAUGAGCUAUCUAUCAUUUGCUGUCUCUGUCCCUGCAACACUUUUAUCUCUAAUUUGCCUCUUCCUUUUCCUGCUCCUUCUCAUCCUUUUCUCACCUUCAUUACAUUCCUACAAAGCAAAAUGCUGAAUUGU